AUGGAGAGUUUGGAAAAGAUGGAAAAACCUGAAACAUUAAAAGACGAGGAAGUUCAAGAGGAUGAAUCGUUCAUCCCAGUUGAGUUUUUCAUCAACAAUGGCGUUAGAUUAUUUAACCAUAAGAAUUAUGGCGAUGCCUACGAAAAUUUCCUGUCUGCAGGAAAAGUUUGUCCUAAAGACGCAACAGAGAAGUUGAAGACAUCACUUCAGAAUCGUGAAGCUCAAGCUCUCAGUUUCUUUGUUUAUUAUUCUUGGAUCGAAAGCGAAUUUACAUCGCAAGAAGCUUUCGACACUCUCGAGUUUGCUUACGAAAUGACAACUGACGAGUUGUUAAAAAGCUUCAUCUUAAAUUGCCAAUACGAGAUUCUAAUUAAAGAAGGUGUUCAAGGACUGCCAAGAAGAUCCAUCGACGAGAGAGAAGAAGUUGAAGAAACCAAAUCAUCAAGCAAUUCAGAAUUAUCAAUGUCAACAGAAGAAAUUGAAAAUGUUUUUGAACAUUCAAAACUUUUACAAAAUAUUAAUGUGAAUGAAAGCAAAACUUCAAACUUUGAAACUAAAACUAACAACUUUGAGAAUUUAAUUCUCUUUGCUGUUGUGGGAUUUUCCGCACUCAUCUUUUAUGAUUUUUUUAAACAUCUUGGAAUUUUGUAA